GCUCAAUUCAUGUCAGGAGCCAAGUGAAAGAAGGGACUUCUAUUCAACAUUCCCUGUGGCUAAACAAUCCCCGUACUUGCAAUAACCUCACCCUCCCUUCCAAUCCUCCAUCAAAAAUUGUUGUUAUGGCUACACAGUAAAAAUUGGAGAUCAGAAUCUCCCACUCCCAAUAUGGGGCCGCCAGCCUGUCACUUCCGGCCCCAUUACUGUUCCUGACAUCCUACUUGGUUCCACUUCCUUCAGCAUCUCGAGUGGCAUUUACUGGCCGUAUAACCACCCAUCCCUCAACUUAGCAGACCAAGAACCAUGGCAAUUCCACCUUGCAUUUUUGAAGGCCAGCAGCUGUAAAAUUAGUGCAACCCUCACCGCCACUACUCGUUGCCUCGAACACCCAAGGGCUGAAGAGAAAAUAAAACAGGCAGGAGUUUAGCCACCCUAGCAGCCUAUUUGCAGUAGACACUUGCGAUAGGAAGGAAAAGCUACAUACGUACAAGGUAAGAAGUGCCAGUCAAAAGCACCGAAAAACACCAAGCACCAAAGAACCAAAAUUUGAAAUACGACCGUUCUCCCCCUCCGAUCGUUGCUCCACAUGCACAUGGCAGACAAAAAAACAACGAAAUAUAACCAGCCUGACAACCCAUUUGCAGCAGGGACCACUGAUAGGAGCCGCCACACGUGGAUAGACAGAUGGCAGUGGAUAGCAAGGCCAGGUUUUUUCUGCAGCGUAGUGCCGCUUGAUUGGGAGACGAAGUGAUCAGAUGCUUCUGGGCCUGGGCCUGGGCCAGGUACGUGAACCUGGUCCCAGAAUGUUCGGAACUGCUGUGCCUGGAAACUUACCGGAGACUAUCUGUAGGAUUCACAGAUAGUUAAAACUCUGUUCAGACUGGUUUCCAGUUUCGCUGGCACUUCUCGGUGCUUCCCCGCAAAAAUUGCACACAACGACGGAAGAUCACAAGGGCAAAAAAGGCAGCAGGAUAUCCGGAAUGGCAAACCAAUCCACAUAAGACUGCAUGAACCAAACCAAGGUAAACAUAUUGACAAUUCCAACUAAUGGUUUAGCCUGCAGAGAGUCACAGCACUCCUAAGGUGGAGAAAUAUAUAUUGAUCUUCACUUUCACAAACUGGAAGAAAAACUCAAUAACCCUAGGCCUCUUUUCUGUAGUUUAACUCGCAGGAUAUACCUAGCCCGAGAAGUGAUGACACCUAACGUUGUGGGGAACACAGGUAGCUUAAGAAAGAUAGUGCUCCAAUCAGGAAAGGAGGCACCAAGAAGAUCUGUUCACACAGCUCAUUACAGACGCAAGCAAUGAGAUCUGUUCACAACUGCAAUAUUAACUGUCAAGAGAGGGAACAUAUUCUAAACACACCACACCAGGAAAACAUAGUACACGUCUUGAGCAGAGAACAAAGAGGGAGAGGAUUGGGACCACAUGCAGUGCACUAGCACAUUCGAUACGUACAGAAUGUCAGAGAACAAAGAGGGAGAGGAUCGGACCAAGAGAAUAGAAGAAGAAGAAGACGAGGAAGAGGAAGAGAAAGAGGAAGAGGAAGAGGAGGAGGAGGAGAAAGAGGAAGAGGAGGAAGAGGAAGAAAAGGAGGAAGAGGAAGAAGACAAGGAAGAGGAAGAGAAAGAGGAAGAGGAGGAGGAGGAGGAGGAGGAGGAAGAGAGGAAGAGGGAGAAGAAGGUGGAGGAAGAGGAAAGGGAAGGAAGAGGACGAAGAGGGAGAAGAACGCGGAGGAGAGGAGGAAGAGGCAGAAGAAGGGAGAGGAGAGGAGGAGGAGGGAGAAGAGGGAGAGAAGAGGAGGAGGAGGGAGAAGAAGGGAGAGGAGAGGAGGAGGAGGGAGAAGGAAGGGGAGGAGAAGAGGGAGAAGGGGAGGGGAAGAGGGAAGAGGAGGGGGAGGAUAGGAGGAAGAGGGAGAAGAAGAGGGAGAAGAGGGAGAAGAAGAACAAGGGGGAGAAGAGGAGGAAGAGGGAGGAGUGGAGGACGGGGAGGAAGGCAAAGAGGGGGGGAGGAAUAGGGAGAAGAGGGAGAAGGGGGAGGAAGAGGAGGAAGAGGGAGAAGAAGGCGGAGGAAAUGAGGAAGAGGGAAAAGAAGGGAGAGGAGAAGAGGAAGAGGGAGAAGGAAGGGGAGGAGAAGAGGGAGAAGGGAGGGGAGGAGAAGAGGGAGAAGAAGUGGAGGAUAGGAGGAAGAGGGAGAAGAACAGGGAGAAGAGGGAGAAGAAGAAGAACGGGGAGGGAAAGAGGAAGAGAGGAAGAGGAGAGCAAAAGAAGGGAGGAGAUGAGGAAGAGGAGGGGGGAAGGAGGAGAGGAGGGAACGGAGAAGGGGAAGAGGAGGAGGAGGAGAAAGAGGAGGAGAGGAGGAGGAAGAGGAGAGGAGAACGAGGAGGAGGAGGAGAGGAGGAAGAGGGGGAGGAGAGGAGGAGGAGGAGGACGAAGACGAGAGGAGGAAGAGGAGAGGAGAAGGAAGAGCAGAGGAGAGGAAGAGGAGGAGGAGACUAGAGGAGGAAGAGGAGAGGAGAAGGAAGAGAGGAAGAGGAGGAGGAAGAAGAGGAAGAGGAGGAAGCCGAGAGGAGUGGAGGAGGAGGAGGAGGAAGGGAAGGAGGAGGAAGAGGGAAGGCGGAGUAGGAAGACAGGAGGAGGAGGAGGAAGAGGAGAGGAGGAGGGUGAAGAAGGAGAGGAGGAGGGGAAAGAAGGAGAGGAGGAGGAGGAAGAAGGACGGUGCAGGAGGAGGGGGAACAAGUACGGGGAAGGAGGAGGGGGAACGAGGAGGCAAUUACAAGCUGGUAAAUUUGGGAGAAGAAGAAGAAGAAGAGGGGGCGAGGGGAAGAAGAAGAGGAGAAGGGAGGGGAAGAAGAAGAAGAAGAAGAAGAGAGACAUGACCCCUCAGCUACUUCAUGGUACAGCAAACAACAAUGCCAACAGCUGUGAUUCAGGCACAACAUAUAUGAAACAAAAGGGAGCGUUCCAACUACCACGCAGGAGAUAGUUGACAAUACACUGUUAUGACUCCAUGACAGAUACAAUGGCAGAAGCUUUGCCAUC